GCUUCUGAGUAAUCCUGAGGUCGAGAGUUCGAGCCUCUCUCACCCCAACACCAUUUUUCUUCCCUUUUUUUUUUUCUUUUUUUUUAAGAAUCAGAUGUUUUAAUUCUCGUUUUUGGUCGAAAUUUUCAAAUAUUUACCGCCAAAACUCCAAAACAAACUGACCCCAAAUCGUAUUACCAACAAAAAAUACUAGUCCUAUGUGAAGAAGAUGAAAAAGCAACCUGAAAUAACGCAAUUCGGACAGCGUUCAAUUGCUUCAACUUUCCUCUUUCGUUCUCCAAAUCAGUCUACUGGUUGCGAGAAGAAAGUGGAAAGCAAAGCUCGUAAUCAAAAGGGUUCAAGCAUAUCUCUAUCUGACUUCCUCAGCAAAAAAUUGCACCAAAGUCCUGUUUUGCCUGGAGUAGUUCCAGGAAACAAGAAAACCUCGGUGCCAAGAAGUAGUAAAGACGCAAGUAAGUCAGUUAAUGGACAAAUCAAUGGUGUCAAAGAUGGAGAAACAGGAAUUCCAUGUGCUCUUGAUGCUAUAUUUGAACAAUACAAGAACUCCAUGAAAGGGGACCAAGAUGUUUCUGUUCCUAAUGAUUCUGAUGAGGUUUCAGUUUCCAUCACAGAUGAUGUCAGAACAUCAAGAAAAAGAGGCCUUAUUGAGGGUAGCAGCGGAAACCAAUCAGCUCGAAAGGUUUUGGCAGUUCUUGGAGAAGGUUCAGCAGAAAAGCCUAGAAGAAAAGUGAGAAUGCUUGAUAACAUUGAGAAACCUAGUAACCUCUUCAAUCAUUAUGCAAAUGGAGGUGGCUGGUGGGAUUGCAACAUGGAAGGUGUUGAUAAUGAAGAAGUAGGGUGUAAUGAAGCAUGGGAAGGAAUGGGUUCUUUCACAACUCUAGGGAGAAUGGAAUGGAACUGAACUGAAAACAGAGAGAUGUGAGAAGAGAAAAGACUAUUUUGUGAUAAAAACUUAAAUACAAUGAGAGUUUUGAUGUUGGAGUUGUUAGCUUUUAUGUAAUAAGAUGAGUUUAUCUUAAA